CUAGACAAGGCUGCAAUUAUAUUACCAACAAAACCUCUAGAAGAACAACAGAAGAAGAGAUGGAAACUCUGCAGAGUCACGGACGUAGAAGAAACUAAACUCACCAUACGAAUGAUCCCCUUGUGCAUGACUUUCAUUUUCUGCGGCGUUGUAUCUUCCAUCGGCAACACAUACUUCAUCGAGCAAGCAAACCACAUGAACCACAAGCUCGGCAAAAUCUCUAUCCCCAUCGUCAUCCUCCUAUGGUUCCACGACCAAGGCAAACAACAAUUCGCCAAUCUCUACUACAAGCUUGCCAACAAGCUAGGCGGGUCAGGGGCGCGACACUAUGCUCCUCUUAUAGGCAUCGCUGUGUCAAUGGUUUUUGCAAUUCUAUGUUGCAUUACUGCUGCCAAAGUUGAGACAAGAAGGCUAAAUGUGGUGAGGACGCACGGUUUAAUCGACAAGCCAGAGGAUAGAAUUCCAAUGAGCGUGUUCUGGUUGCUUCCACAGUUUGUACUCAUCGGUGCCCUUAAUGGGAUUCUUGAAAACAGCAUUGUCGCAAUCUUUAUUGAUCAGGUUGGGCCAUCAAUGAGAGCAUACGUGAUCCAUUUUGGUUUCGGUGUGGUGGGGUUGGGGAGUAUAGGGAGUGUUCUAUCAGUGUAUGUGGCAGGGAAGGUGAGUGAAAGAGGAGGAAAACAGAGUUGGUUUCAGGACACAUUGAACCAUAGUCGGCUUGAUAAGUAUUAUUGGACACUGGCUUGGUUGAGUGCUGUGAACCUUGGUUUAUACAUUGUGACGGCACUUUUUUACCGUUUCAGAAAAUCAGAAUUGGAAGAUCCUCAAUCAGAAUUGGAAGAUGAGGAUGCUCCCAAUUACCAGAACACGAAUGCACCUUUUAAAGACAAUGCUCGAUGUUGUUGUUAGGUGGCACGGAAUUUUCUGUUCUCAACAUUUAUUAGGUCACAUAUAUUGUUUUCUGUUAAUUAUCAUAUUUGCAGUGUGAAAAUUAAUGUGAGUGUUAUAUGAUUUAUAUGAUGUCAUAGAAUUCUGAGAACAUUGAUAGUUGAAUAAAUUUCAUUGUAUAUGUAGAGC